GCCAGGCGAAGCGAAGCCGGCCGUGCGGUGUGUGUUUGUGUGUGUGUGUGUAUGUGUUCGCGGGGCACCGUCUUAGCCCCGGGAAGAUGGUGGCGGCGGCGACUGUGGCGAGGCUGAAGAGGAGGACGGUGGCGGAGACGACAGCGCCUGCGGGCAGGAACGGCGGACUGUGCCGGGACUGGGACGUUACAGGGGCUGGGAGACCAGGUCUAGGGGCCGGGUUGCGCCUCCCGCGGCUGCUGUCGCCGCCUCUGCCGCGGCGGCUGCUCCUGCUGCUGCUGCUCCCGCUGCUGCUGUUGCUACAGCUGCCCUGGGCGGCCGAGGCCGCGGCGGCAGCGGCGGUGGUGUCGGGCUCAGCCGCAGCCGAGGCCAAAGAAUGCGACCGGCCCUGUGUCAACGGCGGCCGCUGCAACCCUGGCACUGGCCAGUGCGUCUGCCCGGCAGGUUGGGUGGGAGAGCAAUGCCAGCACUGCGGGGGCCGCUUCAGACUAACUGGAUCUUCUGGGUUUAUAACAGAUGGACCUGGGAAUUAUAAAUAUAAAACAAAAUGCACAUGGCUCAUUGAAGGACAGCCAAACAGAAUAAUGAGACUUCGUUUCAAUCAUUUUGCUACAGAGUGUAGCUGGGACCAUUUGUAUGUUUAUGAUGGAGACUCAAUUUAUGCACCACUAGUUGCUGCUUUUAGUGGCCUCAUCGUUCCUGAGAGAGAUGGCAAUGAGACUGUCCCCGAGGUUGUUGCUACAUCAGGUUAUGCCCUGCUGCAUUUUUUUAGUGAUGCUGCUUAUAAUUUGACUGGAUUUAAUAUCACUUACAAUUUUGACAUGUGUCCGAAUAAUUGCUCAGGUCGAGGAGAAUGUAAGAUCAGUAAUAUCAGCAACACUGUUCAGUGUGAAUGUUCUGAAAAAUGGAAAGGUGAAGCAUGUGAUAUUCCUCACUGUACAAAUAACUGUGGGUUUCCUCAUCGAGGCAUCUGCAAUUCAAGUGAUACCAGAGGAUGCUCAUGCUAUUCAGAGUGGCAGGGCCCUGGAUGUUCAGUUCCUGUACCAGCUAACCAGUCGUUUUGGACUCGAGAGGAAUAUUCUAACCUAAAGCUUCCCAGAGCAUCUCACAAAGCUGUGGUCAAUGGAAAUAUAAUGUGGGUUGUUGGAGGAUAUAUGUUCAACCACUCAGAUUACAACAUGGUUCUAGCGUAUGACCUUGCUUCUAGAGAGUGGCUUGCACUGAACCAUUCUGUGAACAAUGUGGUUGUUAGAUAUGGUCAUUCUUUGGCGUUAUACAAGGAUAAAAUUUACAUGUACGGAGGAAAAAUUGACUCCACAGGGAAUGUGACCAAUGAGUUGAGAGUGUUUCAUAUUCAUAAUGAAUCGUGGGUAUUGUUGACCCCUAAAGCAAAGGAGCAGUAUGCAGUGGUUGGGCACUCAGCACACAUUGUUACAUUGAAAUCUGGCCGAGUUGUCAUGUUGGUCAUCUUUGGUCAUUGUCCUCUCUAUGGAUAUAUAAGCAAUGUGCAGGAAUAUGACUUGGGUAAGAACACGUGGAGUAUAUUACAUACAGAGGGUGCCCUUGUGCAAGGAGGCUAUGGCCACAGUAGUGUCUAUGACCAGAAAACCAGGGCCCUGUAUGUCCAUGGAGGCUACAAGGCUUUCAGCGCCAAUAAAUACCGGCUCGCAGAUGAUCUGUACAGAUACGACGUGGACACACAGAUGUGGACCAUUCUUAAGGACAGCCGAUUUUUCCGUUACUUGCACACAGCUGUGAUAGUGAGUGGAACCAUGCUGGUGUUUGGAGGAAACACACACAAUGAUACAUCCAUGAGCCAUGGUGCCAAGUGUUUCUCUUCAGAUUUCAUGGCUUAUGACAUUGCUUGUGAUCGCUGGUCAGUGCUUCCCAGACCUGAUCUCCACCAUGAUGUUAACAGAUUUGGCCAUUCUGCAGUCUUAUACAACAGCACUAUGUAUAUAUUUGGCGGUUUCAACAGUCUCCUCCUCAGUGACAUCCUGGUAUUCACCUCAGAACAGUGCGAAGCGCAUCAGAGUGAAGCUGCUUGUUUGGCGACAGGACCUGGCAUCCGGUGUGUGUGGGACGCAGGGUCGACCCAGUGUAUCUCCUGGGAGCUGGGUGCUGAAGCACAAGAAGAAAAGUUAAAAUCAGAAUGCUUUUCCAAAAGAACUCUUGACCAUGACAGAUGUGACCAGCACACGGAUUGUUACAGCUGCACAGCCAACACAAAUGACUGCCACUGGUGCAAUGACCAUUGUGUCCCAAUGAACCACAGCUGCACGGAAGGCCAGAUCUCCAUUUCCAGAUAUGAGUAUUGCCCCAAGGACAACCCCAUGUACUACUGUAAUAAGAAGACCAGCUGCAGGAGCUGUGCCCUGGACCAGAACUGCCAGUGGGAGCCCCGAAAUCAGGAGUGCAUCGCCCUACCUGAAAAUAUCUGUGGCAUUGGCUGGCAUUUGGUUGGAAACUCGUGUUUGAAAAUUACUACUGCCAAGGAGAAUUAUGACAAUGCUAAGUUGUCCUGUAGGAACCACAAUGCCUUUUUGGCUUCCCUUACAACCCAGAAGAAGGUAGAAUUUGUCCUUAAGCAGUUGCGAAUAAUGCAGUCACAGAGCAUGUCCAAGCUCACCUUAACCCCAUGGGUUGGCCUUCGGAAGAUCAACGUGUCCUACUGGUGCUGGGAAGAUAUGUCCCCAUUUACAAACAGUUUGCUACAGUGGAUGCCAUCAGAGCCCAGUGACGCUGGGUUCUGUGGAAUCUUGUCAGAACCUAGUACUCGGGGAUUGAAAGCUACAAUCUGCAUCAACCCACUCAAUGGUAGUGUCUGUGAAAGGCCUGCGAACCACAGUGCCAAGCAGUGCCGGACACCCUGUGCCUUGAGAAUGGCGUGUGGAGAGUGCACCAGUGGCAGCUCUGAGUGCAUGUGGUGCAGCAACAUGAAGCAGUGUGUGGACUCCAACGCUUACGUGGCCUCCUUCCCUUUUGGCCAGUGUAUGGAAUGGUAUACGAUGAGCAGCUGCCCCCCUGAAAAUUGUUCGGGCUACUGUACCUGUAGUCAUUGUUUGGAGCAACCAGGCUGUGGCUGGUGUACUGAUCCCAGCAAUACUGGCAAAGGGAAAUGCAUAGAGGGUUCCUUUAAAGGACCGGUGAAGAUGCCCUCACAGCCCCCUUCAGGAAAUUCCUAUCCACAGCCCCUUCUCAACUCCAGCAUGUGUCUAGAGGACAGCAGAUACAACUGGUCUUUCAUUCAGUGUCCAGCUUGCCAGUGCAAUGGUCACAGCAAAUGCAUCAAUCAGAGUAUCUGUGAGAAGUGUGAAAACCUGACCACAGGCAAGCACUGUGAGACCUGCAUAUCUGGCUUCUAUGGUGAUCCCACCAACGGAGGAAAAUGUCAGCCAUGUAAGUGCAAUGGGCAUGCGUCACUCUGCAACACCAACACGGGCAAGUGCUUCUGCACCACCAAGGGUGUCAAGGGAGAUGAGUGCCAGCUAUGUGAAGUAGAAAAUCGAUACCAGGGAAACCCUCUCAAAGGAACAUGUUAUUAUACCCUUCUUAUUGACUAUCAGUUCACCUUUAGCCUAUCCCAGGAAGAUGACCGCUAUUACACAGCCAUCAAUUUUGUGGCUACACCUGAUGAACAAAACAGGGAUUUGGACAUGUUCAUCAAUGCCUCCAAAAACUUCAAUCUCAAUAUCACCUGGGCUGCCAGUUUCUCAGCUGGGACUCAGGCUGGAGAAGAGAUGCCUGUUGUUUCAAAAACCAAUAUUAAGGAGUACAAAGAUAGCUUUUCUAAUGAGAAGUUUGAUUUCCGCAACCACCCAAAUAUCACUUUCUUUGUUUAUGUCAGUAAUUUCACCUGGCCCAUCAAAAUUCAGAUUGCCUUCUCCCAGCACAGCAAUUUUAUGGACCUGGUACAGUUCUUCGUGACUUUUUUCAGUUGUUUCCUCUCUUUGCUCCUGGUGGCUGCUGUGGUUUGGAAGAUCAAACAAAGUUGUUGGGCCUCCAGGCGUAGAGAGCAACUUCUUCGAGAGAUGCAACAGAUGGCCAGUCGUCCCUUUGCCUCUGUAAAUGUUGCCUUGGAAACAGAUGAAGAGCCCCCUGAUCUUAUUGGGGGAAAUAUAAAGGCCAUUCCCAAACCCAUUGCAUUGGAGCCAUGUUUUGGCAACAAAGCUGCUGUGCUCUCUGUAUUUGUGAGGCUGCCUCGAGGCCUCGGUGGAAUCCCUCCUCCUGGACAGUCAGGUCUUGCAGUGGCCAGCGCCCUGGUGGACAUUUCUCAGCAGAUGCCAAUAGUGUACAAAGAGAAGUCAGGAGCAGUGAGAAACCGGAAGCAGCAGCCCCCUGCACAGCCUGGAACCUGCAUUUGAUGCUGGGGCCAGGGACUCUCCCAGGAGCGAGUGUGGCAUAGCAGAGCCGCCUGCAGGGGAGGGAGCAGGCAGGGAAACGGCCGUGUGGUACCAGGCAGAAGACUGGAAGCACUCGAAGCACCCGACUCAUCUGCAUGAUCACAAGCUUUCUUUGACGGUUUCUCCCAUCCGUGUUCCAGCAUCUAACCUUUUACUUUCACAUAGGAAAUAACUGAUUUAAUUGCAGGUCCUGGGGUGAUCCCGUUGUUGCUGGAGGAGGCCGGUGUAGAGCCAGGGAGAGAGCUAGGAACGACACUCAGGUUCACUAAUGGAAAACUGUUCUUGGGACUGUCUGAACUGUGCAAAAAAAAACAAAAGUUGUAGUGUUUACAAGUAGAUGUUAGUCAUCAGUUGUUCUUGAACAUGGUCUUUUAAAAACUAAGUCAGAUGAAUUAACUUAUUUUCAUCUGCAGCCUGCUAUCUUUUUUAAAAGAUGUGCUAUUUAUUCUUGCACAAUUUAGGCAGAUAUCUCUCUUCCAGGGAGUAGCUUUUUUCUAGUUGACAACUAAUAACGGUCCAUCUCUUUUGAAUCAUAUCAAACUAGGAUAGAAGGGGGCUAUUUUCAAUGUUAAGGUCAGCAGUGUUACUUAGAAUGUAAAGUGAUGUCAUAGGUAGUUUUCUAAAAUCACUUGAUUAAUUUCGUCUUAAUCCAUUUGAAGUUCUUUUUCUCUCUUACACACACACUCACACACACACACACACACACACACACACACACUAAGUGCCUAGACUUUAAAUAGAUCUAGCAAUUGGAAAGUUAGUAAGCCUAAGUUUUGCAUUCCUACAUUCUUGUAAAAUUCCAAUAGCUACCACUGGCAAUCUGCUCUUUUUCUAAAAUCUAAUUUGCAGCCAGGAAAGAAUUUUUUCACCCCAAGGAGCGUUCAACCUAGCAUCAGCAACUGAGAGGAAAGCAGAAAUGAACUAACUGUGAAAGCUCCUGUUUUUAGUGUUGUCAAAGUGGACACUGGAAAUAUGGCACGGUCCCCAUGUCCCUCCCUGACACCACCACCACCCCCAUCAUCCCAGGGCUGAUGUUUGUGUCCACCCUUCUGGCCUCCUCCUUCCAGGACACCUCAGAGGAAGGGCCUUGUUCCUGUUAUAUGUCUCCCUUGAGCAGAAAAGAGCAUGGAAAAGACUUGGGGCCCUUGGAUCAAAAAGCAACUUUGUGUUCCUUUAGCCUGCUCUGAACUUGUGGGUCAUUCUCAGGCUGGGGAUGGAAUCAGACCAUCCCAGGAGAGGGACAGUCUCCCACUGUCAGGCAGCACCUGCCCAGGGCCUGGAAAAGGACCUGGAGCUUUUUGUCCUCCUUACCCUGAGGAGAGCCUUGGCCCACCCAUCCUCCUUCCCAUGCCGAGGUGGUAGCUGUGAGGAGGGCAGGUGAAUGCUGGUAAGGAUGAACUGCACGUGGACAAAGUGGACGAGAAGGGAAAACUAUGCCAAAUGGAAGACGACCAAAUGUAAGAAGAGUGGGGCAGUAUCUGCUCCUGCUUUCUCCUGCAGGCAUUACCUGGAUGUUGUCUUUUCCCAUUUUCUGGUGCUCUGUAUUUCAGCAUUAUGCAGCAGCCUCCCAAAAAAUUCCUUCUGCUUUAAAACCUGGGAUUCUCCAGCAUUACCCUAGUGAGAUGGACCUCGGGACAGCAGAGCUCACAUUUGUGAAUUUGGAGACAUCAAUAUCCAAAAAGGCAAAAACUGCAGCAUUUCACCUUUAAAUGCAGUGCUUAGAGGAGCACUAUCUCUUCCCCAACACUAACACUACUCCCAUCAAGAGUCCUUGGAAAGAUGUUUUCAGGGAAAUUUUUGAAAACCAUUAAACACUGUCUGAUGCACAAAAACACCUCUACUUGGAGACUUGCCUCUCAAAAAGCUUCUUUUUCACAUCAUUGUUAAAGAGCAAAUCAUUCUAGAAAAGAUCCCUGCUCCAGAAUGUGGCCUGCAAUAGACUGGCCCUUCCACCCUGUGAUUACCACGAGGCCUCUUGGUGAAGCAGGAGGGAGGCCAUCGGGGAUUGUCCUCCUGCAAGGAAAAAACUCCUUGUUUGUUCAGUGGACCAGAUUUUCCUUUGCCAAAGAGGUCUCUUCCCCAUGUUAGUCUUGAAGUAACAUGCACCUUGACCCAUAGCCACCUGGUUUUUUUUUUUCCUAAAAGAUAAAGUUCAUUUCUAAAAAGGAAGGAAGGAGCAAGAAAAGUUUAAUUCUGCUCCAACAAAGGAGAAACAGCUGAAUCCACCUGCUUCUCCUUUGCAGCCAACAGCAGUUUCCUCCAGGCUCCGUCAGAGGAAGGGAGGCAGGGAGAAAGAGGAGCCAGCUCAGAGCCAGUCACCAAGAGGGAGUGGGUUGUCACCUGGUAAAUGCCUGCAUCUCGCAGGAGAGCCUGCAUGUAAAUUAAAAUAGUCAUAAAAACAUUGACCUUGCACUUGUACAUAACUAUACAGUAGUGUCCAGAAUGCUCAGGCAUUCUGUGUACAUAAAACAGAAAAAUAUCUUAAUGUAUUUUUAUUAAAUGUAACAAUGUCUGAGUUUCACCUAGUAUGUUUUUGUGCCAUGUACUGGAUAUCCAGGUUCUGAGAAGUCCUCUCUCGUGAGGCCCUGGUAUAUGGGUAGCAAAGCCAAAAAACACAUCCCUGUAGUGUUGAUGUGUUCAGAUGCAUCUGGUACCAAUUUAGAUAAUUAUUAAAACAGGAAUCUUCUGUCAGUAUAUAUAUAUCUAUAUAGAUAGAUAGAUAUAUAGAUAUAUAUAUGUAAACUUGGGAUGUGACUCUAUUUAAACAGCAGUAGGUGAGGAGACUCAAAGGAAGCAGUAGUAGCCCCUGUCACUGUCAUUGGCCCAACGAGUGUGUUGUGAAUCUUUCUGUCAGGCUCAGUUUUGUGGAUGGCCAGGGAUGGCCAGUCUCCUCCUGAGAAAUGAUUCUCUUAAAUUACAUUUUUCCAAAAAGGGUUUUCUGGCCUGCAUUUUGUUACGGUUUUAUCUAAAUUUUUCGUGUCCAUUUCCCAGGACCAUAGUUUAUACGAUGAAUGUCUUUGGGUAAUGAAUAAUGGGGGCAACGGCAGGUGGUUAUUUGGUUGAUAAAUUAACUCUUAUUUCCCCAUGGAGAAUGUCACACUCCACCAUCAACCCUGGGCUCUACACCGCCCCCUCCUGCUCCCCUUCCUAAACAUGGUUUGGAGAGAAGUCAGUGCUUCCCUGUGGAGGGUCACCUAUAAAAGACAAGAAGAGGUGGCAAAGAGAAAGCAAUUCAUCCCCCCCCGCCCCUCUGCCCCAAACUAACCCAGCCCUAAGGCCCUAGGCAGAAUAUUGUCAGAAAAAGGAAAAUGUCAGAAUAUCUGUGGAAGAAGCCUGAGAUGCAAGAUGCACUAGGAAAUCAGGGAAAUUAAAAGACCUGAGCACUGUCAGUAGACAAAAGACAUUUUACCUUUAACUUGGCCUUUUAAUUGAAUGGAGUGUAUUUGGGGAGGAGGUGGGGUGAUUAACUUCCUUGGAUGAUAGUGUUGUUUUCAUUAAAACAUCGGAUCCAUUGGUCUCAUCCAUUCAUUCAUCCAUUCAUUCAACAAAUACUGACUAAGCACUUACUAACCUAAGCUAACGCAAGGGCAGUGACCAAGAUGAAAAAGAAGCUCUUUUGAAUUACAACAAAAUCCAACUCCUCAAACCCCUAUCAUCCCAGGAGAUCUUUCCUUGCGGUCGUUCCUAUAAGAAUUGGCCAUCCCGAGGACAGCCCAGAGGAGCCAGAUGCCUUCUGUCUUUGGGGCACAUACUGGUUCUCUUCUGAAACUUUUACCCAAUUUACUAAACUUGGCUCAAACCAUAAAAAUCACAGUGAACGGUUUCUAGAUAGGCCCACCAAGAGACAUUUCCUGUCAAUGAGUUGAUGAGUCACUCAAACUAAUAAACACCCUUGCCUGCAGGGAGAUGAUGUAGAGACGAAAAGUGGCGCCUUCUCUUAUAAAGGCAAUAAUGGAAUCUACUUUCAGGAACUCUGAAUUUGUGCACAAAACAUUCUAAACACUAGUGAAGCCUGUUUCGUUGAACUAAUUCUGGCUCUGGAAAUGUUUGUUUUAUAGUUGUUUACGGUUUUUUUGUUUGUUUGUUUGGACUCAAGCUUAGUUUGUUAAUAUGUAUAAUUUAGCAUCUAUUGCACUCAUGUAAAUAUGGAGUAAGUAUUGUAAACUAUUUCAUCGCUGGGGAUUGUGGGUGUUAUACAUACAUUUAGGACUGCAAUUUUUUGGUAUUUUUUGUAUUGUAAAAUAACAGCUUAAUUUAAGCAGGAGUAAGAGAAAUGAAGGGAGGUCUGCGCAUUUUAAACACAAAUGUGAAGGACUUGUAUAUAAACAAAAGUAAAUACUAUCAUACAAACUUCCUUCUGAAAUAAAAGUAGAUCUGGUAAAAAUGUG